UGCACGAUAAUUUUUCGACCGCGCUGCUUGUGUUUUCGGUUCCCAUUCUAAUAAAUGAAAUACAAAAUAUAAACAUCAAAUAUGUAUAUAGGGCGAUUGAAAUUAAAUCACUUUAAAUACAAGUUAUAAACGAUUUAAAGAUAUUUAAAUAUAUUUUUAACAAUUCGCUCGUAAUUACCUUACUCCCUCGCGCUUUCUCUGUGUGUGUGUCUGUAAAGGCCAAAGAGCGCCCGCCGCCUCUUCCCGCGCCACGCCCCCUCGGGCAACGGAAUAAAUUGGGUAAAAAAGAAUAUAUAUCCUGCUCUUUUAGAAUUUACCUGUGAAAGUGAAAACGUGACAACACGAUAAAACGAACGAGCCAAGCAAAACAAAAAUCGAGUGCAUAAAAAGCAACGAAAGGAGGAGGAGACGAGGAAUAAGAACAAGUGCAGCAAAUCAGAAAAAAGAGAGAACGGAACAAGAACACAGAAAAAAGUAAAAAAUUAUCAACGAAGGAAAGGCAAAAAAACAAAACAACAGCAGAAUUCGACAGACUUGGAAGCGCCGACACUUGCGAUUUGAUUAUCACACAUAGCUAUGCUUUUGCAGUAUUCGUGCUAAAUCGUUUACUAUAAUGAAUUCCGCGCGGCAUCAUCGUAUUGGAGUAUUUCUGUCUCCAUAAGUUGGCCACUAAUUAAAUCAAAUUAAAUAUAAAUAUAAUCAUAAUAAUAAUACAAAAAAAAAACCCCAACAAGGCUUGCAAAUUGAUUGCCCCACAACGGAAAGCGAAGCACUGCAAAGUAAGAAAGCCAUCUAGUCGAACGAAAACAACGAAGGAAAUUCGCCAACAAAACUGCCUGGAGUGAAAAAGCGAGGUCUCGAGUGUAGGCAAACCCAAAUCAAAACUUGACAGAGGACCCGGAGCGACCGCAAAGCUGGCUAAAAAGAUGCCAUACCAUCGGGGCGGAGAUGCCUCUUCCCAGGCCGACAAGUUGAGCGGCAUUGUGGAGGAGAGCGACCUGUACGAGGGGUUCGCCCCGCACGUCGAGACGUCCGAGAUCAAAACCCUCGACUUUUACAAUCUACCAAAGCAAACUGGCAAAGAGCCGGCACUGCGCUCCUUCACCGAGAUCCAACAGCUGUUGCAGCAGGCCAAGAAACGUGACGUGAAAAACAUACUCAGGGAGAACUCGUGGCCCAUUAAUUCCCCGAUCCGAUCCCAGCUAUGGCCGUUGCUGUGUGGCCAGCACCAGACCAAGCAGCAGAUGCUGGAUGGCUUUUACUGGGAAAUGGUCCACCAGGUCUUUGGCACCACGGAGCUGUCGGAGAAACCGAUCAUGCUGCCCGCCUUUGUGGACGCCACCCACUGUUUGCCCUAUCACUUGACCAGCACGGGACGAGCCGUGGCCGAUCGCAUCGUGAAUGUCCUGGGCUACGACUGCCCCGAUAUUACCUACAGUCCAGUAUUGUAUCCGAUUACAUCGAUACUUUUGCAUUUCAUGUCGGAGGAGGAGGCGUACAUGUGUUUGGCCGGUCUGGUGGGCAGCAAGGAAAAGGUAUUCAUCAAUCAAACCAAACUACAGCACGAGGUCACCUGGAAAACGGUGAUGCAGAUAGCCAAAAAGCACACGAAAAGUGCAACUUCGUAUUUCCAACGUAUUUGCCCGGGUCUGAAGCUGGAGCGCAUCUUCAUGGACUGGUGCUGGUGGAUUCUAGCGGGUCUACCCUUCCAGCAUCUGGUGCGGAUCAUGGACUGCUAUUUCCACGAGGGCAUCAAGGUCCUGUACCGUGUGGCCCUUGUCAUACUCAACCUGUUUCACAAGGAGUGCCAGUCGAACAACGAAUGGAGUCCGGAUAAUAUUAAAAACGACAUUGGCAAUGCUCUAAUCAAGUUCUGCAAGAAGAUACCAGUGUCACCGGCGAAGUUGCUCCAUGCCGCGUUUAGUAUUAGGGGACUGAGUACCCAGUAUAUUUCUAGAAUAUUUAUCAAGACUGAAAUGCUACUAAAAAGCCGUUCCGUGCUCACCAGCGGUUCAAAGCAAUUAAUCAAAUCGCGUUCAAGUGAUAAUCUGCCCACUAGUCAGUCGCAGGUCAACAUCCAAAUGAUGUCGCACACCUUGACCAUUCGAGAGAAGCUGCACUCCGAGAGCUGUCGCAAUUUGGGCGAAAAGUCGCCCGGUCAUAGAGCCAUCGCGAUGGGCGUUUAUCCCAUACACAAUCUGAAAAGUCAAGCUUGUAAGAACGAAGAUCUAUUCACGCUGUGGUCCUGGCUGCCCGUGCGGAUAACAAUGUACCAACCGGUGCUGCUCUACACCACCGAGGAGCACGGCUGCUCGCUGACCACAUUCUACGUCCGGGUGGAGCAGCACGAGCCCACGCUGCUCAUGAUCAAGACGUGCAAUAAUGAGGUAUUUGGAGCAUACUGCUCAUCACGUUGGUUUGAGAGGAAUGUGAAAGAUGACAAGGGCCAACGACAGGCCUACUUUGGCACCGGCGAAACCUUUUUGUUCUCCCUUUAUCCGGAGCGAGCCAAGUACCCCUGGGUGGGCAUUGAGGGCGACAAGGAUCUGGGACACAGUUCCGAGCUGUUUAUGGCGGCCGACUCGAAGAUGAUAACCAUUGGUGGCGGCGAGGGUCAGGCCAUUUGGAUGGACGAGAACAUACGUUUUGGCAAGACGGACAGCUGCAAAACCUUCAACAAUCCGCCGCUGUGUCCGUCCGGCGACUUUGAGAUCCGGGUGCUGGAGGUCUACGGCUUUGUGGGCAUCUAAAAGAACUCCACUCCUCCUCUGUGUGACCGAUAUUGCCCGCCGAUGAUCAAGUGCUCAGCCAACCAGCUCGACCUUCCCCCCGCGUUUCCUACAACCACUCAAACACCUGCAGAUUGCUUUCGUUUCCGCCAUUACGGGCGGAUGAUGAUGAUAACAAGAUGAGAAAAUGUGUAAACAUUUAUAAAAGCUUAUUUAUAAAUAUGUAUCGAAGGUGGCCAAGCAGCAAAAGUAUGCCACAGUCGUCGUGUUAAUGUUUAAUGUUAAUGAAAAAAUGCAAAAAUGCAAAAAGCUAAAACAAAUUAUAUAUUAUAUAAUGGAAAUACUCUGUGAGUUCAUGUUUCAAAACGCAAAGCUUUGAAAUUACAAUACCCUAGUUGUUAUAACCCCUUUACAUAUAUACAUGAUAUCUAUAUAGAGAAGCAUAUACAUAAUGAAUUAUUAUAAAGUGUAUAUCUAAAUGUAAAACGUAUUUCUAUAGCCAUGUACCGCAGCAAAGAAAAAAUAUUCCUUAAAAAUCGAAAGCAGAAAACAACACCAGAAAACUUGGGCUGCAACUUUAUUAUUGUUUAUUAGCGUUAUUAUUUCAUUUAGUUCAUAUAUAUAUAUAUGUGUAUAUUAUGUAUUUUUUCUUUCUGUAAACCAAAUUUACUGACUUGACUGAAUUCGUUAUUAAUGUUAUUAAUAUUAUUAUUGCUAUGUGUAUAGAAAGUGUAACUUGUAAAUUGCAUUGAAAGCAACCGAAUGUUUCUGAAAGUUGUCCCCUAUUGGUCGCAAAAUAUAUAGAUAAUGAAAAACCAAACCUCUUUCGAUUAGUGCUGCUGCUGCCGCCAAUAAUAUGCUCAGAUACUACAGAUAUAUUCUAUAGUUACAUAGCUCCCAAUUGACAUAGAUAACAUAUAUAAAGCUAAUGCCCUUAACCAGCAACGGAAUGUGCAGUCACUUUAAAGUGCAAAUGGAGGAAAAGAAAGUAGCUGGCAGUGGAGAGCUCUCACCCAUGUGCAAUUGAUCUCAAAGCGAAAAACGAAAACGGAAACGAAAAACAAAGAAAUGUAUUACAAGUUGAAGGCCGCAUAAGUAGGCAUAAACAAAAACGGAGAACAAUCAAUAAUUAUUUUAAGAUUCCAUUCCAUUUUCAAUACCAACGAAAUUCUUUGCUCACCUCCACCCGAAAACUGCACGUACACAAAAUUUUUGCACACUUUUCUAGUCAAUUUUUAUGUUUAACAAAAAGAACAUGGUGUGUUUGCUCCCAUUUCGCUACAACUUAAUAUUCAUUUGCCUUUUGAGUGACUGCAAAUUCCGAUGGUUUAUUGAUCGUUGCACUACGCAAGCAAAUUGUUACAAUUUAAUGGAAAGACCACAACGAAAAUCGAGGCGUAGGGACAGCAGUGGCCACAGAUUGCAGGAAGUGACUGGCAACACUCCACAACCAUUGCAUUGAGGAGCUGGUACUCCACAAAUCGCCAACACAAACCCCUCACCCAAGAAAACGAUCAAACACCUCCAUCCAAACGCAGGUCACCUGCAGUCUGUGGUCUGUGGAAAGAGCAGCAGUGGAACGGCAAAUGAUAAAUAUGAAUAGUUUUUAGGUUUUAAACAAACUCUCUGUGUUGUUGUUACUAUGAUUCAAUGUAUAUGUGUACGCAGCGUUAUAUAACCGAACUCUACAUUAUAUACCCAACUGCAAAAAUAGUUGUACAAGUUGAUCAAUACAAAGCUAAAAAAAAAGAAAAAAUAUGAGAAAAGCAAAUCUGUUUGUUAUUUGUUUCUGAGUGUGAAUCGAAUUGAAACAAUAAGUUUUACUAUAUUUGGUUGACUAAUUCUUACACGCCGAUGUUAUGAAUUGUUGAUAGACCUUAAGUUGAGGAGUGCUUGGCAAGGAUUGUAUUUUGGCAUUGACGCGGCAGUUGUCCUCGAAGGAUUCUCGGAGAUUCCCGGGGGCACUGUCAACAUGGACAGUAUUUGGUAAAGCAAAAACAAAAUAAAUCUUUUGUACAUAGUUUGUUUUCUAUCUGAAUUGUUCUCAAUGUGUAGUUUAUAAACGAUAUCUUGAUAAAUAUCCAUAUAUUUAUAUUUGAAUGUUAUUUAUGUGUAGCCCAGAAAGUGACAUGAAUAUAAUCCGCAGCUAAAAACCCAUAAACAUGAUAAACCAACGUGUUAUCUAUAUACCCACAUACAAUAAUUUAUACAAGAAACUGGAAAUAUACAAUAUAUGUAAAUCUGGAUGUGUUUGACGAUCAACAGGUAUAUUGAUUAAAAAUUGAAACAUCGAUUAUGUGCAUCAAUUUUGAAAUGUUAUUUUUAUUUAUUUUAUGAAUAUUUUGUAAUUUAUAAAUCCUAAUUACAAUACACACAAACACAUACACAUACGCAUACACAAACACACAUACACGCAGAUAAAGUAGGAGGCGAGUAAAUUUUAUUCAAUAAAUUAUAUUAAAACAAA